AUGGAUCAGUGGUUCAGGGCGGCCAGGACAGGUGACAUUUCAUACAUCAAGGCCUACUGUCGCCAGAUGAAGGGUUCACGGACCACAAGCGGGGGCUAUACUGCGCUGAUGAUCGCGGCCCGCUACGGAUGCCGUGAAGUGGUGGGCGUAUUAAAGGGUCAUGAGGCGCGAAUCUACUGCGACACGCACUGGACGGCGCUAAUGUUUGCGUGCGAUUCUGGUCAUCAGCCUAUUGUCCAGGAGCUAGCUCCUCUUGAGGCAGGUCUCUCAGACUAUCGUGGCAUCACCGGCCUGAUGCGGGCAUCUCUUCAUGGCUUCACCACCAUUAUAAAAACUCUCUUCUCCUACGAAGGAGAGCUCAACGCCACACUGAAGGAGCCCGUUUCAGACUUUCCUAAAGGUUGUAAUGCCCUGGCCAUGGCGAUGAUGUCCGGCCACAAAGAAUCUGUGCAACUGCUCCUCCCAUCAGAGUGUUCUAGUCUCACAACAGUCAUAGUCCAGGAGUGUACAUGUGAUCGUGAGUUGACAGAUGCCCAGACAGAUUGUAUCAACUUGGUCACAUCGUUUCUUGAGCAACGGGCCAUGGUAGAGGAUCCGUCUUUCAGAGCAACACAUCCGUGGUUCUAUGCGGCUGCCACAAACGAUGUGCAGUACGUCCAGGACCACAUCUCAGACUGUGCCAAACUGACCAAUCCUGAUGACGGAGAUAAAUGUGCACUGUUCUAUGCCAUCAUCCAUGGUGCGAAGGAUGUAGCAGAGCUACUGUUUGAACUAGAAAAGGACUGUAUUGACUCCUCUCAACGUGGAUUCACAUCGUAUCUUAGAGAUACUGCGUUCAAGGACAUCAUUAUUGGCUCAUCUGCCAGCCUCUCUAAGCAACUAGCCUCCGCUGCCCCUGGCCUUCUUGCAACCACUGAACCCUCGGCUACACUUCCGACUACAACGCACGCUGCUGCCCAGGAAACUAUAGAUACCUGUCAGCAGGAUGCCGAGAUCAGCAGCUUUCCAGAUCAAAUGGAAGAAGCCAAGAGGCCUGUCUCUACUGUUAGUUUGCUUCACGCAACCCCUCGCCUGACGAUCCCCAAUACCAAGCCAAUACCGUUGCGUGCUGCCAAUACGCGAACCACUCCACAGGAGGCUCGCAGGCCUAAGAGCAAAGAACCCAGGGGCGUGUCACGGGACACCAUCUCUCCGGGACCAAAUAGAAGUAGGUCUACUGAGAGGUUAGCAAUCCACAAGGACGUUGGGCCCAUGACUACUCCAAUGAAGCAGACACCUUCUAAAGAGUCUAUCAGGACAAUGCGCUCGGGCAGCAGGUCCUCGUCGGCUUCCAGGUCCGUCCCUCGGCGGGCAGGCUCGUCAGAUGUCGGCCGCAAUAUCUCCCGCAAAUCAUUCAGUAAGGUAGGGCCCUAUGACUCUGAGCCCCAUGUUGUACGGCCAAAAAUUGCUAAUAAAGGACAAAUUCCAGCAAUCUCAAAGUUGGUAAAGGAAUCUGUUCAAAAGGCUAAUGCACAGAAUAUAAGCCAAGAACUGGUGUCUAUCUGCACCUCUGAUAAUUGCCGCACGAUCAGUGAGCGGACAGAAGAGAAUACUUCGCCGAAGGAUCUAUCAUUACCGUGUGUUUCUAUUGGGGUUGCACAUGAAAGGGCAGAUAUCACAGACGAAGCAGCUCAUCUCUUCAGCCAAACUAAGGUUUCCAGUGAAGAACUAUCGAUCCACAAUUCCGGCGCAGGUGGCGCACAAGAAGACGUUAACAGUCCUGGGCAUGAAGACUGCUUUAAGCUUCUUGCCAAGUGUGCUGUGCCGAAUGCAGGGAGUGCAAACAUCACACCAGGGGCAACUAAUCGCCCGAGCAAGUACUCUCCCAGAGGUGAUGGAAGUUUCGAGGGGGUAGAAAAAUCCUUAUCAACUCUCUUAGCAGGCAUAAGCGAAAAAAUAGAACGACUUGAUGCUCUGACAAAACAAAAUACAGAACAUUGUGCGUCUCUUUCAAGUGGGUUUGAGAAGAUAACGACGCUCAUAACUGGACACAAUGAACAGAUUGAGCAUAUCAUGAAGACCCAACAGACCUUAACCAUGUUCAUGUUACAAGAGAAAAGCAGCCGGGACCGCUCAGAAACAGGGAACUAUUCAGCUGCCACUCCAUCUAGCGUUAUUGCAGAUGGUAGAGUGCAACCAUUCGCUCUGCCUCGCAAUACCGAUGAGCCUGUAGUUGUGUGCGCUGGAGAGCCAAAUGCCAAGUUGAAUAGCAUGUCUGCCAGCGUUUGUGGAGAGGGUCCUCAGCAGCUGUCUAUUCUGUCUCCCAAUGAAAGCUCUCUCUAUGAUCAAACACGUUUCGUCACGAAGAGCGUUGCGCCUGCCACCGUAUCCGCAAUAUAUACCGGGCCGCUUCAACAGCCUUCUACUCACGUCUUGGACACCAGUAACAACAAUUCUACCAUUUGCCCCGAGCCGGCUUCGGCUCCAACUCCAGCUCCGUUCGUACUGACAUCAGGAGACACCAAGCCCUUCUUUGCAAUGAAAAGCUACAUGAGCCUAUUCUUUGCUGUCCUUGGCUUAGUAAUAGUUAAUAGUAUAGCAUACAACGUUAUACUCACCAUCCAAGCGUGA